CACCACGUAGAAAACAGUCAUCACAUAGCAACGGGUGUCGAUACACGUGUGGUAGUUUGCAUGUAUUCAUAUAGGUAACUAAUAAAAGUUAGAGAACGAAGCGCGAGUCGUGUGUGUAAGUGAUACUGUUCAUGGUUAACCGGCGACAGGAGUUCUGCUCUUAGACUUGCUUUACAUGCAGGCCACGGAUAAUCGCUGUUCCUGAGACAAUCAGGUUGGCACAAACUAACAUUGGGAGAUCCAUCAUCUGGAAGCAGUUAUAGUGAAAACAUCAUGAGUACGAGAUUUCACAAGGCCGCUCAAGAUGGUUUUAUUAAUAUAUUAAAAGAGGCGACAAAAAGAGAUUGCAAUGCAAAAGAUGACGAAGGAAUGACACCAACAUUAUGGGCUGCGUUCAAGGGGCACUUGGAAGCAUUAAGAGUACUAGUUGGAAGAGGAGGAGAUCCAGAAAAGUGUAACUAUCAUUUGGGACAAAACGCUUUACACUUAGCUGCAUCACGAGGUCAUUUGGGAUGCGUUACAUUUCUGAUUGGAUUUGAUGUAAACUUAUGGGCAUUGGACUUGGAUUUUCUAACAGCAAUGCAAUUAGCAGCUAUACAUGGCAAAUCUCAAGUUUUGCAAUAUUUAGACAAAGCAGCCGCAGCACAAACAAUUGAAAACAAGAAUGAUUUUAGUAAGAAAGUGGACGCUAGAAAAGAAAAAGCCCAAAAAGACGCUGAAAGGAAUCAAAAAAAAUACGAAGAAAGAAUGAAAAAAGAAAGAGAAAAAGAAAAGAAACAAAUUAAAAAAGUGGAAAAGGAAUAUUUGGGCGGCAAUAAAAUUGACUCUGACACCGCUAUACCUACAGUUAGAGUUGUACCUGCAUCCUUACGUAAAUCAUCAUCUGAUUUAUCUUGUAAAUCAUUCACUCAAAUUGUUGGAACUGGUACCGUAAAAAAGCCUCUGGUUAGUACAGGUGGAGUGAAAAAAAUAUUGGAUAGGAAAAUGAGAUUGUCUGAAGGAAACGGAAUAAAAACCAAUAAUAAGUCAACGUCCCGUUUUUUGAAAGAUACGGAAGACAAUACUAGCAUACGAACUAUGAAAUCCAAUGGAGAUUCUCAAAUCAUUUAUGUUAAUUCAUAUGAAAAUGAAAAUGGAGGAAAAAGAGGUAGAAUAUCAGAUAUAUUUGAGCUACAUAGAACAAUUUCUCAACCAAAUUUUUUGAUUAGCAAUCAGAACAACGAGUUAAAUAAUAUUUAUCAUCACAACCAAGGAAGUAUUUUUGAUAGACCAGGUUUUGGCAGUGUUGCCUUUAGAAAAAACAUAACUACUAUACCAGUUCCUGAUGUAUCUAAAAUCGAAGAUGAAGAAUGCAGUAUAGGAAGUGCGGGUAGUCUAAUGAAGCGAAACCAGCCGAGCAAUAUCAUGUCAUGGGACGAAUUUCAGAAUAGUGACGAAGAAAACAUUGCAUUAAAUGGACGCUGUGCAAAAUGGUCUAAAGUACAUACAUUUCUGGCAUUAGCUGGAGUUAGUGAAUAUGUUAAUAAAUUUAUUGAACAGCAAGUGGAUAUAGAUGCAUUAUUCAUGCUAAACGACCAAGAUCUAAUUACUCUUGGUUUACCUCUUGGUCCAAGAAGAAAACUUCUAAAAGUUAUAUGUGAUCGAGGCAAAGAUAGAUACGAAGAAGAAAUGGAAAAUAAAUCAGAUCGUAUCAGUCAAUAAUUAUUUUUUCCUUUUCUUUUUUUUUUUACUUUUAAUAUUCUUUUCUUCUACUACAUAUUUGUAAAACAGUAUAAAUCUAUGAUUCCUCUUUAUCAGAUUUAUUCAAUGUAACAUAAUGUAUAGCAAUAAGAUUUUCUAAAUUAAACCUAAAUUUCUUUAAAUAUUCAUAAUAAAAUGUUCUUUAAUAAUGCGUGAAAAUUAACUUAUUAUU